AUGAGCGCAGGAAAGCUCACCGGUGCAGAUGUCGCCGUGCACAAUUCCAAAGACUCGUGCUGGGUGAUCGUGCACGGCAAAGCCUACGAUGUAACCGACUUCCUCCCGGAACACCCUGGUGGUCAGAAGAUCAUCCUCAAGUAUGCAGGCAAAGAUGCGACCGAAGAGUUCGAACCAAUCCACCCACCCGACACCUUGGACAAGUUUCUAGACCAGUCGAAACACUUGGGAGCAGUAGACAUGGGAACCGUCGAGCAGGAAGAGAAGGCCUUUGACCCGGAGGAGGCCGACCGACAAGAGCGCAUUUCCCGCAUGCCCUCACUCGAAGCAUGCUACAAUCUGAUGGACUUUGAGGCGGUGGCCCGCCAAGUCAUGAAGAAGACGGCGUGGGCAUACUACUCCAGCGGAGCAGAUGACGAAAUUACAAUGCGCGAGAACCACGCAGCCUUCCAUAAAAUCUGGUUCAGGCCGCGAAUUUUAGUCGAUGUCGAGCACAUCGACAUGAGCACAACAAUGUUGGGCACAAAAUGCUCAAUCCCAUUCUACGUGACCGCCACAGCGCUCGGAAAACUAGGCCACCCCGAAGGCGAAGUGGUGCUCACAAAAGCCGCCCACCGACACAACGUAGUACAAAUGAUUCCCACGCUAGCCUCAUGCUCCUUCGACGAAAUUGUCGACGCCAAACAAGGCGAUCAGGUGCAAUGGCUCCAGCUAUACGUGAACAAAGACCGCGAAAUCACACGCAAGAUCGUCGAGCACGCCGAAAAGCGCGGCUGUAAGGGCCUCUUCAUCACCGUCGACGCGCCCCAGCUCGGCCGCCGCGAGAAGGACAUGCGCUCUAAGUUCUCCGAUCCCGGCUCAAACGUCCAGUCCGGUGGCGAUAACAUCGACCGUACCCAGGGCGCCGCCCGCGCCAUCUCCUCCUUCAUCGACCCCGCUCUCUCGUGGAGGGACAUCCCCUGGUUCAAAUCCAUCACGCGUAUGCCGAUCGUGCUGAAGGGCGUGCAAUGCGUUGAGGACGUCCUGCGCGCCGUCGAGGCAGGCUGCGACGGCGUCGUGCUAUCCAACCAUGGCGGACGGCAGCUCGAGACCGCGCGGUCCGGCAUCGAGGUCUUGGCCGAGGUGAUGCCUGCCCUCCGCGAGCGCGGCUGGGAAAAGCGCAUUGAAGUCUUUGUUGACGGCGGUGUGCGUCGCGCAACUGAUAUCCUUAAGGCGCUUUGUCUGGGCGCGACGGGUAUCGGUAUUGGGCGGCCGUUCCUAUAUGCCAUGUCUGCUUAUGGGCUUGAUGGUGUGGACCGUGCUAUGCAGCUGCUUAAGGACGAGAUGGAGAUGAAUAUGCGGUUGAUUGGAGCUACGAGUGUGGCGGAUCUCAAUCCCAGUCUGCUUGAUACCCGUGGAUUGCUGGGUGGGCACUCUGUUGUGCCGUCUGAUACCCUUGGCCUUGGUGCUUAUGAUCCAUUGCAGGCGCCAAGAUUUAAUGAGAAGCCUAAGCUGUAG